AAGUCUGAACCAUGGUGUUUUCCGGUGAAUAAAAGCACAGUAAACCAUUUGAUUAAUUAUAAUUUUAAAAGAAGUUCAUGACAGCAGCUACGCAUUAUCGAUCCGUCUUCACCCAAUUCCUCGAAUACACCCAACAGAAAAACCUUACGAACGGAAGAACACUCCAUGCCCAUAUUAUCAAAACUGGCGCCACCUGUUGCUCCUAUAUCGCCAACAGUCUCGUUAACUUCUACGCCAAGUGCCAUCUCUUAGCCGAAGCUCAUCUUGCUUUUGAAAGUAUUGAAAACAAGGACGUGGUCUCAUGGAACUCACUAAUCAAUGGGUACUCUCAACUGGGUGGUCGCCAGAACUCCAUCCUUGUCAUGGAGCUUUUCAAGAAAAUGAUGAGCCAGGAGAAUACGGUAAUGGUGCUACCGGAUGCGCGUACUUUCGCAGGUGUUUUCACCGCUGCGUCCGCUUUAAUGGAUUCAUUCGGAGGGAAACAAUCCCAUACAGUUGCGGUUAAGUUGGGAAAGUGUGAGGAUAUUUUCGUUGGUAGUUCUUUGUUGAAUAUGUAUUGUAAGGCAGGGUUUGUUGACGAUGCCCGGAAGGUGUUUGAUGAAAUGCCUGAGAGAAAUUCCAUUUCUUGGGCUACUAUGAUAUCUGGGUAUUCCAUGCAAAGGAUCUGCGGUGAUGCUUUGGGGCUUUUCAAGACAUUGGUAGCUCAGGAAGAGGAGCACGUGAAUGAGUUUGUGGUCACGAGCAUUUUAAGUGCGUUUACUUUGCCUGAACUUAUUCACAUUGGACAACAAAUUCAUUGUCUUGGACUCAAACAUGGGUUGUUGUCUCAUGUAUCUGUUGGUAAUGCGAUUGUCACAAUGUAUUCAAAGUGCGGGAACUUGGAUGAGGCUCUCAAGGCAUUUGAGUUGUCUAGCAAUAAGAAUUCUGUUACAUGGUCUGCAAUGAUCACUGGCUAUGCACAGGGUGGGGAUUGUAGAAAAGCGUUGACGUUAUUCUCAAAAAUGCAUUUUUGUGGAUUGAUUGCUAGUGAAUUUACACUUGUUGGGGUCCUUAAUGCUUGUAGUGAUGGUUCAACCAUGGGGGAGGGGAAGGAGGCUCAUGCAUACUCGAUAAAAUUGGGAUACCAAGAUCAAAUUUAUAUAAUGACGGCUUUAGUUGAUAUGUAUGCUAAAUGUGGUUCCUUAGAUGAUGCUCGAAAGGGGUUUGAGCAUUUGCAGGCACGAGAUAUCGUGUUGUGGACUUCGAUGAUCGGAGGAUAUGUUCAAAAUGGAGAAAACGAGAGUGCAAUGGACUUGUUUUGUAGGAUGCAAACUGAAGGUAUCUCACCAAACGAACUAACCAUGGCUAGUGUCCUAAAAGCAUGCUCAGGUCUUGCUGCAUUAGAGCAAGGAAAACAAGUCCACGCCACUACCAUCAAGCAUGGAUUUGGGCUCGAAGUUCCAAUUGGAAGCGCACUCUCAACUAUGUAUGCAAAAUGUGGAAGCCUUGUGGAUGGAGGUCUUGUGUUCAGAAGAAUGCCAUCAAGGGAUAUUGUCUCUUGGAACUCAAUGAUUUCUGGUUUGUCCCAAAAUGGACAAGGAAGUGAAGCACUUGAAUUAUUUGAAGAGAUGCAGAUUGAGGGUACAAAGCCGGAUUAUGUUACUUUUGUAAAUGUUCUCACUGCUUGUAGCCACAUGGGAAUGGUACAAAGAGGUUGGGAGUAUUUCAAAAUGAUGUCUGAUGAAUAUGGUAUCACCCCAAGAAUAGACCACUAUGCAUGUAUGGUUGAUCUCCUGAGCCGUGCUGGAAAGCUCAGCGAAGCAAAAGAUUUUAUUGAAUCAGCGCCCAUUGAUCAUGGUCUCUGCCUCUGGCGUAUCCUAUUAAGUGCUUGUAGGAACUAUCAUGACUAUGAGUUGGGAGCCUAUGCAGGAGAGAAAUUAAUGGAAUUGAACUCGCAAGAAUCUUCUGCAUAUGUCUUAUUAUCCAGUAUUUAUAAGGCUCUGGGAAGAUCAAAAGAUGUUGAAAGAGUCCGUCAAAUGAUGAGCUUUCGUGGGGUGAGUAAGGAGCCUGGGUGUAGCUGGAUUGAGCUUAAGAGUCACUUUCAUGCGUUCGUUGUUGGAGAUCAGCUGCAUCCACAAAUUAAAGAAAUACGUUCGGAGGUACAUAGGUUGAGCAAGCUAAUGAAAGAUGAAGGUUACCAUCCUGAUUCUGAUUCAAAUUUUGCAGAUUUGGAAGCCUGAGAUGCUACGAUUGUUAAGGAGAGCAUGAAAUUUGCUAUUAGGUCGGAUUAAUUAUUCUUUUUUAUCUUAUUUAUACUCGCCAAACAGGACAGACUGCGAAUACCCAUCUGUGUUCAUUUUUCGCUUUUCUUUUUGUGAGAGAUGUAUUUGUAAUUGACCAAAAAUCGAAAUAGCGCAAAUCUUGAGAGCUAUAAAUUUUUUUGUUGAAGUAGCUGCAGCAACUCUAAAUCAUAUUUCUCUUA